GGCGGUUCCGCCGCCCGCCCGCACCGCCUCCCCGGGCCCGGAUCGCGCCGCUGCUACUGCAGCUGAGAGGGUCGGUGUGGGGGUCACGUCCGGGCCAGGAGCCGCUUCAGGCCUCGUCGUCCGGGACUAGAGUAACGUUUUCAAGAUGCCAGCCGGGGCAAGGAUCUCAUUCAACUGUGUGGAUUCCUCUCUUUCGUCUUUGAAAAACUGCCAGUCUUAUAUACAUACUGGAAUGAAUAUUACUACUCACGUUGCCUUUGACCUUGUGGAAAGUUUCAAUGAUGUGGAGGAUGUUAACAGUAUGGAGAAUGUCAUGUUAGAGUACGCCGCCAUGGACAGAGAACUUAGUCAUUAUAUAAAAGCAAUUGAAGAAACGGUACAUCAGAUAAAACGAGAAAAACCAGAAAAUAUACCUGAUUUACAAUCUUUAGUAAAAGAAAAAUUUACUGCACUGGAGAGCAAGAACAGUGACUCAGAUUUGCAACAGAAUGAAAAAUAUGCAUAUUUUAAGGAUCAACUUAAAGUGAUGAAGAAACAAUUUUGUCACCAGUCAGAUAAUAGCAAUGAGGCCAUUGAAGAAAUCGAUGAAGAUAUAGCUGUGACUCAGAGUCAAAUGAACUUUAUUUGUCCCAUUACACAGAUGGAAAUGAAGAGGCCAGUUCGAAACAAAGUCUGUGGACAUACUUACGAAGAAGACGCCAUUCUAAAAAUUAUCCAGACCCGAAAGCAGCAAAAGAAAAAAGUCCGAUGCCCUAAAAUUGGCUGUAGCCAUGCUGAUGUAAAAGAAUCAGAUCUUAUGCCAGAUGAAGCACUUAAAAGAGCGAUUGACAGUCAGAAUAAACAAAGCUGGUCAACACUGGAGAAGUCAGAUGGAUACGAUUCUUCUACAAAGGAAAUUUGUUGUUAGAGGUCUUGGGAGAUAAGCUGCUGAUUGUAAGUAGGUUGUGUAACUGAUUGUUAUUUAAAGUGUUUCAUUUAUAGUCAAAGUUGAAGGUGCAGCUGUAACUGAACGCAAUUUUUAAGCUGCUGAAUAUAAGGAAUUCCAGUUUAACUUGUUUGGCUUUUUUUAAACCUCCCUGAAGUUCUAAAAGCAUGCAUUUGAUAAAUAAAACAAGUUUUGUGGCAUUUAA